ACACAGGAGGCGAAUGAUGGUGUCCUUUCUCUAGAUAGAGAAUCAGAGAGACAAGAAGAAGAGAGGAGAGUAAUUCCGAUGGCGUCGAAUGCAGCAGCGCCGUUUUGGAGGGCCGCCGGCAUGACCUACAUAACAUAUUCCAACAUCUGUGCUAAUCUUGUCAGAAACUGUCUCAAAGAACCAUACAAGACUGAAGCUCUUUCGAGGGAAAAGGUUCAUUUUGCUGUUACCAAGUUUGUCGAUGGAAAUCCUCAGAAACCCAUUGUUCGUUCGGAUUCUGGGACUGAAUGAGUUGAGGAGCUCGAUCCUUUAAAUGCCUAAUGGAGGAUCUUUUGUGAUGGACUUUCUUCUAUUUGUCUAUUUGGUAGAUUGAAAUUCAUUAUGCCUGUAAGGCAUAAUUUCAGACAAGACUAUGGAUUUGGCCUGGUUUCUGAAAUUGUAAUAAAUGCAACCAGUAUUAUCCACUCUUUCAA